AUGGCAAACCCUUCCUCGUCUUCCUCCUCCUCAUCUCAAUUCGCCGCCUACUCCUCCGAUCCCUCUUGCUUCCCCACCCCCUUCCACUUUCAACAACCGCCUUACGCCGCAUACAGCUAUCCUCCUCCACCGUCACAUCACCAACAAUUCCAGCGCGACGCUCAACAACUCUUCCAGCGCGACGCCCAGACCAUCACCCCGGAGGCUCUCGAGAGCGUGAAGGCUGCCAUAGCCAGCAGCGACGUCGACCACAAGACCGACACGAAGCGAAAGGCAGUUCCCCGCCGUGCCGCCGGGCAGACGUGGGAGGAUCCCUCACUGGCCGAGUGGCCGGAGAACAACCAUCGCUUGUUCUGCGGCGACCUAGGGAACGAGGUGAACGACGACGUUUUGUCAUGGUUUGCUUAUUUGUUGGUUUGA